UUAUUCGAAAUAGAUCACACAUCAAUCAGCUUCUUCAGCAAGCACAAUACCGUCAUCUCUAUUAUUUACACUUUGCCGAUCAACAAAAAAACAAUCACCAUGAAAUCCUUCGUAGCUGUCGUUUUGCUUUUGGCCGCUGUCAUCGUGUGCACUUUUGCCGCCGAGGAAGCCAACAAACAGCAAACCAAGACGACCGAGAAGCGCAACAUCUACGGACUGGGCUACGGAUUUCCAGCUGCUUACCACGCGCCGUUGACCUACCCAGCUGCCCCGUUGGCCCUGCCGACGUCCAUCAUCUCGCCGAUCAAGUACCACGCACCCCUCUCCUACCACGCCCCGCUUUCCUACCACGCUCCUCUUCCCUACCAUGCCCCUCUUUCCUACGCCGCACCUCUUCCAUACCACGCCCCUCUCUCUUACCACGCACCCCUGUCCUAUCACGCUCCCCUCCCAUACCACGCGCCCAUCUACAAGGCCCCGUAUUUCGCCUCGUCCCUCUACUGAGAUGACUUCGUGGUACACGACUAACGCGGUCCCGCUCCAGUGACCCGCACGACAAAAACACAUUUCUACAUGAAUACAUGCAACGCGUACUACACCGUUAUCAUUGUUAUCACCGUCCCCGAUGAUGAUGAUUACGAUGAUAACCCAUAUUAUAAUAUUGUAUAUAUUCAUGAACAACAUAAUAUUGUAACGUGUUUAAAUAAAAGAACAUCAUUGUCUUAAAAA